CAAACCAAAAAAAAAAAAAAAAAAAAACCCUUUCUUGUCUUGUAAUCAAGAAGAUGAUGCAAUCAGAGCUUCUUCAUACUGAAACUGAAUUUUGUGCUAUCCAAAUUGAUCAAGACUCCUCUGGGAUUGCCUUCUCAGACUUGACGUCCCUUUUUCCUGAUGAUGUUUUUACUGAUCUUUCAAUGGAUGAUUUGGAGUUUGAUGAUUUCUGCAAAUGGUUAAAUGAUAGUGAAAGUGAAGAAGAAAAUGGAAAUAUGAAUAUCUCAAUCUCUUGUGAGAUGCAAAAGGAUGGAAAUUUAUGGAGUCCUGCUAUUUCAGGAGCAUCAAGAAAUAGUGCCAUUUCACUUGUAAUUCCAGGAAAUAGUAAAGAAUUGGAUACUCAAAUAAGCCUUCAUCAUUUAUUAGCAGCAUAUGGAGAGGCCAUAGAAAAUGGUCAUAAGGAACUAGCAGAAGUGAUCAUAAGAAGCAUAAAGGGAAAAAUAAAUCCUUUAGGCGAAUCGUUGGAACGCGUUGCAUCCAAUUUGUUCUUGCAGAUAGAGGAUCAAGAAGAUUACUUAAAACAAGAAUCAAGCAAGAAUCUUGAAGUAGCAUUUAAGGUUUUCUACCAGAUUUUCCCAAUAGGAAAAUUUGCUCAUUUUGCUGCUAACUCAGCAAUAAUGGAAUCCAUUCCAGAUGAUGUAGAAACUAUUCACAUAGUGGAUUUUGAUAUGGGAGAAGGGAUUCAAUGGCCUCCAAUUAUUGAAGCCAUGUGUCAAAGAAGAAAGGCUAUGAAAUUAACAUCCAUAAAGAAAACAAAGGAAGAAUCAACCAGUGAUCAGUGGAGAUUUGAGGAUAUAAAAAGAAGACUUCUUGAUUAUGCAAAGCCCUUUGGCCUAAGAUUACAAAUUGAGGAGAUGACAGUUGAAGAGUUGGCAAGUGAAAUGAGAAGAAUGAAAAAAAGGGGAAAUGGGAAUGAAUGGUUGGUUUUCAAUUGUAUGUUUAAACUCCCACACAUGGGAAAAACAAGAUGCAGAAUCCAUGCCUUGGAAUUUCUAAAACUAGCUAAGGAAAUGUUAUUAGCCAAUUCUUCAACUCAUAGAGGACUUGUCACUUUUGGUGAUGGAGAAGCAAUGGACAAUAGUCACAAUACUAAUACUUUUUCUACAUUCUUCAACAAGAAUUUGAUAUAUUACCAGUCGAUUUUCGAGUCGUUGGAGUUGUAUUUUCCAGCUUAUCUUGCAGAAGCAAGACUUGCCAUGGAAUCCCUUUUUCUAGCACCUCAAGUCUGCUCAUUUUCUUGGUUUCAAAACUGGGAAGAGAUAAGAAAUACUUGUUAUUCUUGUGGAGAAAUUGGAUUGCAAGGCAAAAGAAUAAGCAAAGAGAACUUGUUACAAGCCAAGGAAUUGGUCAAUGAAAGAGAAACUCCAUUAAAGGUGAGGAUUGAAGAACAAAGGCAACAUGAAAUGGUCUUGGAAUGGAAAGGGACACAGUUGGUGAGUGUUUCAACUUGGACGAGAAUUUUAAGUUUAUAAAAAGGUAGUUUAAUGGGUUCUGGAUAAAUUAUUUACACAUAUAUCUAGUGGACUUCAUAAAACAAAUAUAGGAUUUAGGUCGAAUUCUAGUGAACCCUUGACUAAAAUUCUAGCUUCGCCCAGAAGAAAACAGUAGCAGCAGCAAACACCAUAGAGACACUACAACUCUUUCUCUGUGUCGUUUUCUUUACCAUUAUUUUUAUAGUGUUCUCCUAUGAAGUGCCAAAAGUGUACAGAGCCAUACUUAUAUUAGCUUGUCUAGCGUAUUUACGUUGUAUAUAUUAUUAUAUACAGACCAGAGUUGUAAAUGACAAUUAUAUAUUAUUUUUUU